CGGUAGGCUGUUGCUUUUGCUUGCUCCAGUGUCCGCCCGCCUCUCUCUGUCGUCUCGUCUGCUUUCUUUCUUUCUUUCUUUCUUUCUUUCUUGGCGAGCAUCAUCUCUUAUAUGGUCCCGAUAGUAAUAAACUAUUCUCUUUGGGCUCCUCCGUUCCUUGUAAUUGCAUAGAGUAAGAUUAAGUUGGGAAGAAGAGGAGAAAGCAGCAUCUGGGUUUGUAUUCAGAAACUUGGUACUUUCUCAUCAAUCGGAGCAGCAGCAGUGACUCUCUCUCCGAUGUCUUUCCGUUCUUUCUUCUGUUGCCGAACGAUUCUCGACCGGAGUGAACAUGGGAGGAAGAAUGCAACGAAUUGGAGGGUGUUCUCGCUGAAGGAGCUGCAUUCUGCUACCAACAGCUUCAAUUAUGACAACAAGCUCGGUGAAGGGGGGUUCGGCAGCGUCUACUGGGGCCAGCUCUCGGACGGUUCACAGAUCGCUGUAAAAAGACUCAAAGUUUUGAGCAACAAGGCCGAACAAGAAUUUUCUAUUGAGGUUGAGGUUCUGGGAAAAGUAAAGCAUAAGAACCUCCUGAGUCUACGGGGUUCUUGUGCCGAGGGGCAGGAACGCCUUAUAGUGUAUGACUACAUGCCCAACUUGAGUUUACUCUCACAUCUUCACGGAACGCACUCUGCUGAGUGCCUUCUCAACUGGGGCAGGCGAAUGUCGAUAGCUAUCGGAUCGGCUGACGGAAUUGCUUAUCUCCACCACCAUGCAACACCUCAUAUAAUCCACAGGGACAUAAAAGCAAGCAAUGUCUUACUAGAUUCAGACUUUCAGGCACGUGUUGCCGAUUUUGGAUUUGCAAAACUCAUUCCUGACGGCGCAACUCAUGUUACUACAAAAGUAAAAGGCACUCUCGGAUAUCUAGCCCCUGAAUACGCAAUGUUUGGAAAGGCCUCAGAGAGUUGUGAUGUUUACAGCUUCGGAGUACUUCUUUUAGAGCUCGCUAGUGGGAAAAGACCCAUUGAAAAUUUAAGUCCCACACAGAAGCUAGCAAUAAGUGAUUGGGCUCUUCCUUUGGCGAGGGAGGGGAGGUUCAGUGAAAUAGCUGAUCCAAAGCUAAACGGUAACUACGUUGAGGAAGAAUUGAAGAGAUUAGUGCUUGUCGGGCUUGUUUGUACACAGAGUAAGCCGGAAAGGCGGCCCACAAUGCUUGAAGUAGUGGGCUUGCUGAAAGGGGAGUCAAAGGAGAAGGUAUCAAGUUUAGAAAGUGACGAGAUGUUUAGGCUGGAACCGACAGUGUGCUCGCAGAAAACAUCUGGUCUAGAUGACAGCUCAGAUUGUAUGUCUAAGGAUACUGGGGUGGAUGUGAAACAAGAAAUCGAUUCGCUCGCUGAAACAGCAUUGCCAGUUAGAUAGUUUGAUUGCGUUUGUGACUGAAUUGUGCUUGUGCUUUAGCACGAAAAAAAAAAAAAGAAAAAAAAAGAGAGUUAUUCUCGUGUCUGUUAAGAGGGCGCCCUUGAAAGUUAUUUUUAUCAACAAGUGUUCUAUAUUGCUUCUUUUUCUGGAGAAUUCUAAUAAUAAACUAUUGUGUUUGGUAAGCUAGUCCUUUUUUCUUGCCAGUACGAAUCAAGAAAACAUUUUCCAGUCA